AAAUGAACGUGAAACUGGUUGUGGCAAAUGUAAAUAGGGCGAAGAGCAUCGAUCGAGCAGCGUGAUUCCAUUUAUCUAGUCCAUCAUCGAACGUCUUCUUCUCUGUUAUCAACUUAAGAAACAAAAGCAUAAACCACAUCCACAUGGAAAUGAGAGUAAGCAAGUAAGCCAAUAAAUAUCUGGUGGGUAAUAAAUAAACAAAAACUGCACACCCCUCAACUCAACUCACCAAGUAAGUAAGUAGUUGGUCAAAAGAUUUCCAUAAGAAUAUGAUUCUUAGGGAAAAUGAAAUUGUGAAUAGGUUGGAUGUCCUCCAGCAACCUCCAAGGGUGCAGGAAAAUGUGGAGGAGGAAAAGAACCUCACAGAAGAACUGAAUAAAAUUUGGCUGGAAGAGGAAAGCUUUUGGAGCCAAUGCUCCAGAGUCAAUUGGCUACAAAAAGGGGACCAAAAUACUUCCUUCUUCCAUUCCAGCACUAUUUUCAGGAAACACAAAAACAAAAUCCUUCGCCUAAUGGAUGAUCUGGGGAAUUGGGUGGAAGAUGAAGCAAGGCUUAAGGGUAUGUCAGUGGGGUUUUUCAAAGGUCUUUUCAAGGCAAGAUCUCCUAUUGCUUUCCACCAUCUCCUUCAAGGCUUUCCAACGAUGGUUACAGGAGAGAUGAAUGAAGACCUCACUGCGACUAUUAGCGAUGAGGAGAUUAGGAAGGCAGUGUUCUCUUUAGGAGCCCGAAAAGCUCCUGGUCCGGAUGGGUUCUCAGGAAAAUUCUACAGGAAGUACUGGGAUACUGUUGGUGAAACACUUUGCAGAGAAAUAAAGGAUUUUUUUGAGACUGCAUCUAUGCCGGAAGGUUGGAAUGACACUCACAUUGUGAUGGUACCAAAGGUUGACCAUCCGGAAAACAUUGGGCAAUUCCGCCCCAUUAGUUGCUGCAACUUCAGGUACAAAAUCAUAUCAAAGAUCAUGGCGACCAGAUUGAAGAAAUGGACUCCGUCCAUUGUCUCUGAGCUUCAAACAGCAUUCACAAGCGGUCGUCUCAUCCAGGACAAUAUCAUUAUUGUUCACGAAGUAUUACAUCAUUUCAAGAACCACAAAUUGGGCAACAGGAGAGAUAUGAUGCUGAAACUGGAUAUGAAGAAGGCAUAUGACAUGGUUGAUUGGGAAUGCCUGGAAACUCUUCUGAGAAGAUACGGUUUUAAUGAUAAGUGGUGCAGAUGGGUUAGCAGUUGUAUCCGAACUGUUAGAUUCUCCGUGUUGUUCAAUGGUGAAGCAUCGGAGACCUUCUGUCCAUCUAGAGGCAUUAGACAGGGAGACCCAUUGUCCCCAUUCCUCUUCAUCCUUAUGUCUAAUGCUCUCACUUUCCUUGUUGACAAGGCUGUGUCGGAAGAUCGCAUUAAGGGGAUUAAGCUUAACACUAGAUGUCCCAUCAUUACCCAUUGUCUUUUUGCAGAUGACACAGUCAUUUUUGGAAAAGCUAAUACUCAGGAGGCAGGUAGAAUCGUGGAGAUCAUCAAUGAGUAUGGAGCAAUCACUGGUCAAGAGGUCAAUAUCAACAAGUCGUCUGUUUUCUUCAGUGCGAAUGUUCCAACGGAGGAAAAGAACGACAUUAUCACUCACAUUGGGUUUGCCCCUACCAACUGUCACUCCAAAUAUCUAGGAGUCCCAACCGAAUGGGGAAACUCAAAGAAGGAGACUUUCUACUUCCUCAUCCAAAGGAUGGAAAAGAUGGGGGAAGCAUGGAAGAGCCUCCUCCUUUCCCAUGGAGGGAAGGAGGUGCUCCUUAAAGCUGUGAUCCAGGCUAUUCCAUCUUUCAUUAUGUGCCUCUUCCUCCUACCAGUUUCUCUAACAAAGAAGAUGGAUUCUCUCCUCAGUAACUUCUUCUGGUCAGGGUCGAUGCAAAAGAGCAGCCUACACUGGUGUAGUAAGGAAAUACUUUGUGCCCCGAAGUCAGAAGGAGGUCUGGGUUUUCGAAGCUUUAGAGAUUUUAAUCUGGCCCUUCUGGCAAAGCAAGCCUGGCGACUCCUGACCACCCCUAAUGCCCUUUGGAGCCGACUCCUCAAAGGUCUCUACUUCCCUAGAGGUAACUUCCUCACAGCGAAAAAAGGAAGCAAACCACCGUGGAUCUGGGCUAGCCUCUGGGAAUCCAGAUUAGUGGUCAAUUUGGGAGCAGUGAGAGUGAUUGGGUCUGGAGACGACUCAUGGAUUGAUCAAGAUCCUUGGGUCCCCUCCCUCCAUAAGGCAAGCAUUCAGAGUGGACCUCAAGAUCAUAUUCGUGUCAAUUCUUGGAUCGAUCAGGAGGGGAGGAAGUGGAAUUAUGAUAUGAUCCAAGGGCAAGUGUCUUCUUCGGAAAUGGACGCAAUUUUGAGAAUUCCCAUUGGGGAAAUGGAUUCUAAGGACUUCUGGGCGUGGAAAUUGAAUGAGAAUGGUGUCUUCACUGUCAAAACAGCAUACCAUGCGGUACACUUAGCCUCAACGGAAUCCCAAACGAUUGCCAAUAUGGAAAAGUGGAAAUGGAUGUGGAACCUGGAUAUCCCUCCAAAACUUAAGUUCUUCGUUUGGAGGUGCGCUAAGAACGGGCUUGCAACAAAAGAGAAACUCUUUCAAAGGAAAUGCUCUCCUAACUCGAUAUGUCAAGUAUGCCAAUGCCCCAUUGAGUCUCUCGUCCACUGCCUUUUCUUGUGUGACCAUGCAAGAGAAUCUUGGACCACUAUCUUCCCAUCCCUCCCAAUUCCGGCCCAGUCUACUGCCUUCCUUGACUGGUUGUACUCUUUAAAGGAUGUUAUCCACGCAAGAGCCAUGUCCCAUGUUAUCUUCCUCUGCUGGAAUAUUUGGAAGGCAAGAAAUGAGUGUGUGUUCAAGAAUCGGAUCCCUUGGCAUCCGAAUGUGAUUAUGAGAACAUACAAGGAUCUUACUGAAUGGACGACCUGUCCGAGGAUGCCCCUCCUUUGCUCUCCUUCUCCUCAGCUCAGGGGAGCCCACUCGCUCACUUCUCCACCGCCAAGCAAUCAUAAUUUUGUGAUUCACUGUGAUGGGUCGUUCUUAAACGACUCCCAGCCGGCGGCAUAUGGUGUUGUUGUCAUUAACCAUCAUGGGCAAGUGUGUGACGGGCGAGCUGACACCCUCCUUUGUUCCACCCCGUUCGAAGCCGAAACAAAAGCUCUUUUGGAAGGUCUCAAAUUAGCUCAAGAAUAUGGCACUGAAUGUGUUGUCCAGUCUGACUGCCAGACGUUAGUGAAAGCUCUUAAUCAAGAUUCUAGAAGUUGGCCAUGGAGAGGAGCAGCCUGGAUUGGAACCAUGGUUUCAAUCCUGAGAGCAAAUCCUCAAAUCAAGGUCAAGGCGGUUGCGCGUAAAUUUAAUGUUAGAGCAGAUUGGGUUGCGCGAUCACUUGCUAGAUCUUCUCUCCCAGAUGACUGGAUUAGUGUUCUUGAUCUAAUUUCUGACUUCCUUUAAAGUUUGUAACCUCUGUCUUCGUAUUGGUGAUGGAAUAAAAGUUGAACCUUAUUGUCAAAAAAAAAAGUAAGUAAGUAGAAAAAUAUACACCCCCAAAAAAAAAAAUCAGUGUUGGAGGGAGUGUGCGUGAUGUAAUAAGGCAGGAAAGGAAAGGAAAGGAAAGAAUCAGGAUGGACAAGUUGCAGCAGCAGUCAUUUGUUUGUUAUCUUUUAAAGAAACUGAUGCAGCAGCUGCAAGUUGGGAGAGUGUGGAUCUGCUUUUGUUAUUUCACUGAUUCCAUCAUCGAGCCAUCAUUACACCAAAGGAGCAGCGGAAGAGAAAAAAGAGAUGAAUUUGUCAUUUUCUUUCGUCUGUAGUCUGUACCUAGGAAAUGAUUCCCUUCCCCCUUUACCUCUACUCUACGGUUUUGGAUAUAAUAGAUAAUUGUAACCAAAUAUAGGAAAAGCAUCAUCAUCAUUCAUCAGCCUUCACAAUCACAAAAUAUAUGGAAAUAGUUAAUUUCGUUGAGACUCAAUUUCGAUCAUACGAACAAUUUUUACGAGAUCAUAAUUACCAAACAAUAUUACUUUUUAAACAAUCCCAAGAGUUCAAAUCCUCGCAUUCACGAGUACCACAAGCGGGGAGAGUCCAAUUCUAAAAAAAAAUAAAAAAAUUGUGAACUAACAAAUCACCUAUAAAACAAACAUGUUUUCUGAAUUUGCAAUGUGCGCAGGAAUGGGUAGGGAGAGCAACAAGAUCACACAAGAGGGUAGAAGCAACAACAUACACAUGAAAUUUUGCAUCGACUAUGAUCUAGCGGUUUCACUGCUAAUUUUCAGUAAGGAAAUCUAAACUUCGAAUCUCGAACUAGAUUUUCUCUUCCUACAUACCCUCAAGAUGCAUGCAUGCAAAAAAAAAAAAAACUCUUACUGGGAUCUAACAAUAGGCUGGAGUUUCGGAGUAGUGAUAUUUUGGGAUAGGCAACUGUGGGCAGUAGUUGUACAAGCAAAAUGUUCUUUACCGAGUUGAUCUUGUCAGCAACCAAAAGAUCCCAGUACUUUGAGUUGUCGAAAAAGAUUUAUUUUAUAAACCAUGUAUUAUUUACUAACACUCUUGUAACUCAUACGAAAUUUAACUUAUACGGAUUUGACAUUUACAUAUAUCUGAAUACCAUAUGCGUAAGAUAAUUAUUGGGAUAUUCCACCCACUAUCAAUCUCUUUCUUUCAAAAGCGUGCUCCACUGUCAAUAGAAAUUCGAACCCCAUUAAUUUGGAAACGCCAUGCAUGGUUGAAAUCCAACCAUAAAUCCCAACGGCGGUUACAAUGGCAGAUUGGCAGUUGGCACAGGCGUCGUGCUCUGGCCUUCCUUUAUUUCUUCCCAGCCUUUCUCUUGGCAGUUGCUAACCGUAAUAACUGGAGACCGGAGAGCAUGUAUCUAAUCUUUCCCUUUACAUCCAUUAUUUUGCUGUAUUUCCAACUUUGGAGGCAAUCGUUUCAAGUUUUGCUUUUCAUCGUCUCUAUAUUUCCUUUACGUUGCUUUUCAACAAGGAAUCCGCAUCCAACUGCUACGUACCUGGAUUAUUGAAACAAGAGCCGGAUCAAACUAGGUUUGUCUUUUAUAAUUAAACAAGGUGGCGAUGCUGCGCCUUACCACGGAGCGGAGAUAGUAUAUGGGUAUAUAUUAUGUGGCCCCUUAUAGCGUUUUGUUAGUAUUAUUAGUCUAUAAUUAAUUUUCUGUUAGUAGUUGUAUUAGUAAUAUUGACUUGAAAUUGUGAUAUUGACUGAGAAGAGAUAUAUGGCGGUCAAGAUCCAAUUUAAAAUAUUUUGAAAAUUUUGGAUAGUAAAUGAUAUUUAGCUGAACCCAAGUAGACCCAUUGAUUAUGAUUAGUGUAUGGGCGACAUAUAUAUGGAUUUGGAAGUUUGUAGAUGGGUUAUGGUAGGGUAUUGAUAUUUACUUAUGUAAUCUAAAUGUGUAUAAGUUGGGUAUGAAUACCCACUUAUUCGAGAGUGUUUUAAUUCCACACACACAUAUUAGACCUAUUUGUAGAACUUCAAAUGUUUAGGUACCAAAAUGUAAUACACAAAAAAUUUAGAUACUAAAAUGUAAUGUUUCGUCAAUAUUUUGAGGACUUAUAUGCCAAAAAGAUAAAUUUAGGUUAUAAAUCUAAAGAUCUAUUAAGUUUAGGUACCGAACUAUAAUUUGCAUAGUUGACGCUUAAUUCCUUUUAUGGUGAUGUAUUUAAGAUGAUAAUUAUUUAAUUUUUUAUAGAAAAAUGGAAACUACUUAUUUGAUAUGUGUAGAUACAUAGCCCAACAUUCCAUCUAUAAUUGUUGAAAAUUCUAGCCUAAGUGAAAAAAAAAAACUCUAGAGAGAAGCAAAAGGAAUACAAACUGGAACUCGCUUAAAAUUUCACGUCUUCAAAUCUCAUAGUCGAAGACGACGACUUUCUAAUAAGUAAUAACCAAUUUUUAAUUCUCUAGACUGUUGGUGAGUCGUGUAUGGACCCGUUCAUACUUGUAAUUAGAAUACAUAAAAAUAGUAUACUAAUUAGGGUUAGAUGAAGAAGGCAAACAAAGAAAUAAAGAAAGGGUUAUGGAAGGCGAGUGAAAAAUGAAAUGAAGAGGAAGUAGAUAAUGGAAAGGUUUUGACCAAUUUUUUUAAUUGACCGUCAAUACAACAGUCAACCCUUUUCACCGUAGAAAUUUAUUGACAACUGCUUAUGUAGAUGUAGCAUAUUUUGUUGCAUGUAGUUAGUAGAAGUUUGUUUACUACCCCGUAAAUGUACAAAAUGAGUUUAUAAAUUCGCUCUUGCAAUAUUUUAGAGUCGUCUCUCUUUUAUCAUUUAUUUAAUGUUUCACGUAAUAGCAAAUAUGAAAUGGUCGAAUCUUCUCCUACAGUUGAGUGAUACAAUAUAUUGUAUUUUAUAAACUAAAUUUACACUCUUAUGUUAUGGUGGAUUGAAUUCGUGGAUUGGUUCAAAAGGAUUGGUGGAUUGAAUUCAAGUGAAAUCUAAACAGUGGACCAAUAUGUAAAUUUAAAAAAUUAUAGGUACCAAAAUCUCAUAAAAUUUAGAUACAAAAUCAUAAUUGUUCAAUGAUUUAACAUUAAAUUUAAAUUUGUAUCAAAAUGUUAAAUAUACAUUAUAAUGACUAAGUUGUGAUUUAAUUAAAUUUGGGGUAUCAAAAUGUUAAAUAUACAUUAUAAUGACUAAGUUGUGAUUUAAUUAAAUUUGGAGUAUCAAAAUGUUAAAUAUACAUUAUAAUGACUAAGUUGUGAUUUAAUUAAAUUUGAGGUAUCAAAAUGUAACUUUUUAGGCAACAGUAACCUUACUUUACAUUUAUAUAUAUUAAUAAUAAUAUACAAUUAAAAAUUAAUGUCAUAGUACUCCAUUCAUCGGAAAAAAUAUGAUUGUCUAAAGUUCGAAUUCCUUUAGUAACACUCAAUUAAAGUCAAACUUAUAUCACACUUAAAAAACUUAUUCAUUUCUAUUUUGUAUAAACAACCUUGAAGUGUUUUACAUUUUCAUAUCACAAAAAGUUGUACAAAACUCAUUAUUAUAUGUAAGUGUAUGUAAAUAUAAUUUCACUAAGUUUAUUAUCUCUCUUCUUGUAUUGAUGUAAAUGUAUAAUAUUUGAAUCUCAUAUUACACCUAUCGGGAAUUAACAAAUUUUCUCCAAAAUUUUAGGUGUAUCAUGUGACACAGCCAAAAAUAAGCUGGCUCGGCGCCAAUGACUAAUAGCAUUAUAGCUGUGACAAAUUACGAUAUCAAUAACUUGUUCGUCUCAAUAAUUAUAGGUUUAGCAACAUAUAUUAUAAACCCGAAUCUUAUUGUAUCAUUCUCUUACUCAUAAGUUGCCCCCCCUCACUUUUCAUAGAUUAGAAAACCGGUAUGAAAAAAAUUCACAUAUACCUUGUUAAAGAAAAAGGACUGGCACAACCAAAUUUCACGCCCGAUUGAUCUGUCUGGCUACCUGAUCAUAUGCUACACAUCUUACAGAUUCUAAUCACAUGAUUUACAAUCUGUAAAAAUGGAAAUUAAUUAAUAAAAUGGAGAAUUGGAGAUAUACUAUCUAAUUUUGAUCGAGGGAUAACCCUAAGCUAUAGUAAUGGACCCUCAUGACUUGAAAUGAGACCAUGCCUUGCCGGCUCCAACCCACAUGGCAUACACAUAAAUGAGCUGGUUGGGUUGGGCUCAGAGGUUAUUAUUAUUAUUAUUAUUAUUAUUAUUAUUAUUAUUAUUAUUAUUAUUAUUAUGAGCAUUUGCAUAUGCUUGCUGUCAGUUCACACUCCUCCCUGUGUUCCCCUGCUUUUAUAAUCCGAUCUUAAUCAUCGUCAUUAGUAGUAUAAUAUUUUCUCUUAAUUGUUAGCAAAAGGGGGAAACUGUUUGGCAAAACGGGAUCUGUUCCACACUCAGCAAUACACAGUCGGAUUAUAAUCUCUUUAAUCCAUUUCCCCCUUUUCCCCCUUCCUUCACAUGGUGUUUGUAUAAGCUCAUAAGCAACGAAUCUCUAAUUAAAAGUACACCAACCAAUAUUUUAAACCUAACAAUUCCGAGAACCAAAAUGCGCCACCAUAUACGUUUACAACCUUUGUGGGGUUAUAUGGUACCCAUUUCAGUACUCAAUACAUAUUUCUUUGUUGCUAAUAAGUUAUAUAUAAUGCGUAAUUGAAUCUCGAUGACCAUCAUUAAUUGGUAAGCUAAUAGUUUUGAUACUUGUGCAAAUUCCAAAUCCACAGUGGACGGUCCCACCUUAUAGUCAGGAGGGGCUAUAGCUCCCCUGAACACUCAAGAUCGUGUAAAUUUUGUAACAAACUUGAAAAAUAUAUUAGUUUGUAGGACUUUAGCCCCCACUCCCCCCUUCCCGAUUCAAACAUCUUGAACGUAAAUUAUAGCCCCCCCUCGCGGUUCAAAUUUAUGGCUCCGCUACUGCUGCAUGUCCAUAUGAGAAGGCUUUUGUUUAAGGGAAGCAUGUUAGUAUGUGGUAUAAGAUCCACUAUUGAAUUUCUCCCAGCACCUCGAGUUAUCGAAUCAACUAGUUCUUGACAUAGUAUGUGGUAUAAUAUACAACAUCUACCAACAACUCGAGUUAUUGGAUCAACUGAAGGUGGAGGACAUGCGCGCAAGGGAUGCUUGACAUUCUAAUGUAUGUGCAAACUUCAAGCCUUUAUAAGAUCACUUUCGUUUUAGGGGGUGUGUUAACAAAUGAGUAUCUGAUCU